AUGGCGCAGUCAUGGGAAGGGAACAACGCCUGCCAGAAUUGGCAGUUCGUUACCUGCGAGCAGGGAAAUGUGAUCAUCGUCAAUUUCGGGAAGCAGGGCUGGAUGGGUUCGAUUUCGCCUUCAUUUUCGAAGCUAACCAAUCUCAAACAGUUGUUGCUGAAUGAUAACAAGCUCACUGGAAGAAUCCCCGCCUCCCUCACGUCCUUGAAGCAUCUCGAGACCCUCGACGUCUCCAACAACAACCUCUCCGGCAAGGUCCCCGAAUUCGCCUCUUCUGUGACGGUGAAGACCUCAGGGAAUCCAUUUAUCGGUAAGGAGCUCGAUGGAGGAGAUUCGUCUGUCUCGACAGUUGUGAUUGUUGUCUUUGUCACUGUCUUUCUCGCCGCCAUUGCUGCCGGGGGGUUCGUUGUGUACAAACGCCGCCUGUAUAAGAAGACAAAUAGCUACAAGCUGUUCAACAAAGGAGGCAACGGGAGAAACAGCGACACGGUCGUCAACAUUGAUCCGUUGAAGGAUAAUCCGAGUGCUUAUAACAGUAAUUACAAUCAAUCUCCAGCCGGGAGCAGCACCGGAUACGAGGGGGCGAACAUCACCAUUCCAUUCGAGGUCCUUCGGGAAGCUACAGAAAAUUUCAAAGAGGAAAAUGUGUUAGGCAGGGGAGGGUUCGGCGUCGUGUACAGAGGACAGCUCCACGACGGGAUGACAAUCGCAGUCAAGAGAAUGGAGUCUUCGAUGAUGGGCGACAAGGGGCUCACCGAGUUCAAGGCGGAGAUCGAGGUGCUGACGAAGGUGAGGCAUCGGCAUCUCGUCGCCCUCCACGGGUUCUGCAACACGAGCUGCGAGAGGCUCUUGGUUUACGAGUACAUGCCGCAAGGGUGUUUAGGACAGCAUCUGUUCCAAUGGAAGGAGAUGGGAGUCCCGCCGUUGUCGUGGAACCAGCGAGUAAUGAUCGCACUGGAUGUUGCCCGUGGGAUCGAGUAUCUGCACAGCAUGGCACAGCAGAGCUUCAUCCACCGGGACUUGAAACCGUCGAACAUCCUUCUCGGAGAUGAUCUGAGGGCUAAGGUCUCCGAUUUCGGCCUGGUCCGAUCUGCCCCUGAUGGGAACUAUUCCAUCGAGACGAAGUUAGCAGGAACCUUCGGCUAUCUUGCUCCCGAAUACGCCGCGACCGGAAGAGUUACCACGAAGGUCGACGUGUAUGCCUUUGGGGUGGUCCUCAUGGAGUUGAUCACCGGAAGGAAGGCGCUUGACGGAUCGUUGCCGGACGAGCAGAUCCACCUAGUCACGUGGUUCCGUAGCCUUCUCCAGGAUAAGGACGCUGUUCGGGAUGCUAUGGACCCCGUCCUCCUCGAAGAAAUGGAUGCUGAGAUGUUCCAAAACAUCUGGAAAGUGGUUGAGCUCGCCGGGUACUGCACCGCAAGGGAGGCCAACCAGCGCCCUGACAUGAGCCACUCCGUAAACAUGCUGUCGUCUCUGGUGGAUAUUUGGAAGCCGAGCCCGGAGCGCAUGGACAGCUUCGACAUCGACAUCCACAUGAGCCUUCCACAGGCCUUGCAGAAAUGGAAAGCCAGCGAGGGCGACUCUUCGACGCUGUCCACGGGGUUCUUCACGGGAGAUACAACUAAUCAUGCCACAACAACGUCCGACACCACUGCCACGAACAUCAAGUCUCACAAAUUCUAGAGCUUUUUCGACAACCAUUGACAGGAGACAAUGCAUGAGGAAAAAGGCGAACAAAUUGAAUACAGUUAUCGAUUGAUCAAUCAAUCGAUAUGGAAAACUCUACUGAUCAAUAAUGUUAAACAUGAACAAAUGUUUUGUAGAAAAAAUGUAUCAGAGAAA